GGAAACUCUCUGGCAGGUCACGUGAUCUCGCAGUAGAGCCUGCUGCCAGUCAGUGAAAGAUCGAACCGCUUUGGCUUCAUCCAGUCGAGUGCUGAGCGUCAGGGGAGUGAAGCGCGUGAGAGCUCAACACCAGAAUCAUGGCAACCACAACAGCAGAAGCCGAAACCCGUCAGAGAUUGCUGCGAAACGUGAAGAAAGAGGUCAAGCAGAUCAUGGAGGAAGCAGUCACAAGGAAGUUUGUUCAUGAAGACAGCAGCCAUAUUGUCUCAUUCUGUGCUGCUGUUGAAGCUUGUGUGCUUCAUGGGUUGAAGCGGAGAGCUGCCGGUUUCCUACGAAGCAACAAAAUAGCUGCGCUCUUCACCAAAGUGGGAAAAAGCUUCCCUCCAGCUGAAGAGCUGUGCAGAAAAGCCCAGGAGCUGGAGCUGGUCUUUGAGAGCAAACGAAGUCAGUCUCUCUCAUACAGUGAGAGCAGCCGUAAGAUGCCCAAGGCAAACUUCUUGCCUCAGGCCGUCAAAUAUGUGUGGAUCCACACCGCACUCAUUGAGAAAGUGCUGGACAAGAUCGUGCUGUACCUGGUGGAAAACAGCAGUAAGUUUUAUGAGAAGGAGGCUAUCCUAAUGGACCCGGUGGACGGCCCUAUCCUCGCCUCUUUGUUAGUGGGCCCCUGUGCAUUAGAGUACACAAAAAUGAAGACGGCAGAUCAUUUCUGGACGGAUCCUUCUGCUGAUGAGUUGGUGCAAAGGCAUCGUAUUCACAGUGGCCACUGUCGACAAGACUCGCCUACAAAGAGACCUGCACUCUGCAUUCAGAAAAGACACUCCAGUAGUAGUAUGGAUGAAAGGCCAUCUCCCUCCCCCUCUGCCAGAGACUACGUGGAGUCUCUUCAUCAGAAUUCCAGAGCGACCCUCCUGUUCGGCAAGAACAACGUACUGGUGCAGCCGAGGGAUGAUAUGGAAGCAAUCCCAGGAUACCUCUCUCUGCACCAGACGGCUGACUGCAUGACUCUGAAAUGGACGCCAAAUCAGCUAAUGAACGGCUCUGUGGGAGAUCUCGACUAUGAGAAGAGUGUUUACUGGGACUACGCCAUGACAAUCCGCCUGGAGGAGAUUGUGUACUUGCACUGUCAUCAGCAGGUUGACUGUGGGGGAACAGUGGUUCUGGUUAGUCAGGAUGGGAUUCAAAGGCCUCCGAUUCGUUUUCCCCGUGGUGGUCACCUUCUUCAGUUCCUCUCCUGUCUUGAAAAUGGUCUUCUGCCUCACGGCCAAUUAGACCCACCCCUUUGGUCCCAGAGAGGAAAGGGUAAAGUAUUUCCUAAGCUAAAAAAGAGAUGUCCACAGGGAUCCUCAGACUCGGUCUCAGACAAAGAAGAGGAAGAAGCAACCGAUUAUGUCUUCCGCAUUAUUUUUCCAAACAGCCAAUCAGAUUUUGUGACUGUUACCCACACCUCCCAUCUCUCCCUGGGUACUGUCCUCCUGGCCCGAUCUCUCUCCCUGAACUCGAGGAGGCUAUGGCCUCAUAAACGCCAGACCCUGGUGAUGCCAAUGCGCCACUGCAGUUGCCCGGGAGGGCCCCCAUCCUCCCCUGAGCCCAGCUUGGCACCGGAAUUGAUAGAUCAGGGAGCGAACAUGUGGCACCCAACACCAAGGAAAUCAUCUUGCUCUUCCUGCUCACAGAGUAGUUUCUCUGAUGGAGCGCCGCCCAAUGGAUGCAACCAUGAAAGGGCCCCUCUGAAGUUGCUAUGUGACAAUAUGAAGAACCAAAUCAUCUCCCGGGCUUUCUACGGAUGGCUUGCGUACUGCCGUCACCUGUCCACAGUCCGCACUCACCUGUCUGGCCUUGUUAAUCACACUAUUGUGGAACCAGAUGUGCCUGGUGAUGCGUAUGGUGGCCUUACGACAGAAGUGUGGCAGAAGUUUCUUCAAGACUGCAGCGCCUAUGAAGAAAAGGAGUUAUUGCGGCUAGUUUAUUUCGGUGGAGUUGAGCCUUCUUUGCGCAAAGAGGUCUGGCCCUUCCUGCUGGGUCAUUACCAAUUUGGGAUGUCUGAGGCUGAGAGAAAAGAGGUGGAUGAGCAGAUGCGAGCAUGCUACGAACAGACCAUGAGCGAAUGGCUGGGGUGUGAGGCCAUUGUUAGACAGAGAGAAAAAGAACAGCACGCAGUGGCAUUAGCCAAGUGUUCGUCUGGGACAAGUAUGGACAGCAGCACGCAGAGAAUUAUGCACCGUGACUCCACCAUCAGCAAUGAGUCCUCGCAGAGCUGUAGUUCAGGCAGGCAAAGAGAUUCCAGGCUGCAGAGUGACUCCAGCAGCAGCACUCAGGUGUUUGAAUCCGUUGAAGAGGUCGACCAGAUUGAGUCUGAGCUCAAGGGUGACGACAAACAUGUUUCCAAAAUCUCAAACGGAACACCCCAAAUUGGCACCAGUUCUCCAGACUCUGGUCAACCCUCUUCCAGAAACUUCUCCGUUACUUCUGGGCAGUCAGACUCCUUGAGUACAGAGGACAGUGGGAUACAUGAGCCAAACCUCAAAGCCCAACCACAGCUAGUAGUAUCAAAGGAAAGUGUUGCAAAUUCAUCUGAAGAGGAAGGAAAGCUGACUGAGGAAGGUGAGACCGAAAAGAUGGAGAAACAGGGUGUGAGAGAAGAUAAUAAAAUUGAGGUUAACAAAGUGUCUUUGGAUGCAGUGCUGACAAUAUCAGAGGGAAGAAAAAAGGUCACGGAGAGCUCUGAUGAAAGGGCAGAGGUUGAAACGGAGGGGUUAAAAACAGCUCGAGAUGCCUUUGAGACUCCUGCAGCAGCAGCUUACAGCUACAUGACCAAAAUGGAAGUGGGUGAAUCUCCAGAGAAAACCUUGACAACAGAAAACGAAGCACUGACACAGCGAACUGAGCCAGAUAUUCCCAAAGCAACAGAGGUCGUGGAAUCGACUCCUCCAGAGCCAAAGAUGAAUGAGAAUCAGGUAAGAGUGGACAUUGAAAGGUCCCAAGUGGGAAAUAAAGAUGUUAGAGCAGUCAGAAAGGAACCUUUGGUAACAAAAGAUCAUAAGGUAUCAGAUGCACUUGAGCAGAAGGUUGUAGCUGACAUGCUGGUGUCUGUUUCAAAGGAUGGUGAUGCAGAGAAAGAAACGACAAAAACCAAUGAAACAAGCAAAGAUAAAGACUCUGAGACAUGGAUGGAUGAUGCCGACAAUGUAAGUGGCACACAAAGAGUGUUAAGACCAGAUAAUGGGAAAGAAAAGAAGACUAUGAAGACCACUGAUUUACCCAAUGAAGCUGGAACAACAGGAAAGAGGAAAGCAGCUUCUGAUCUCCCAAUAGCCAUUGGUGCAGAGCAAACAGAAGGGAAGGUUGUCACAAAGAAGACCACGCAUAAAGAAAUGCAGAGGAAUGCUCCAGUAGUUGAAGAGAUGGUGGUUCCUUUGGUGCACGAAGCUUUUAGCACAAGAAAGAUGAGUGAGGCCCAAGAUGAAACUGAGUCAGACGAGUCUCCCUCUGCCAUUGAAAUGGAAGAGAUUCCUAUAGCUAAAGUGUCAUUGGUUUGGGAAAGCAAGAGUUCACCCAAAAGGAAGACAAGUGAGCAGACAUCUGUAACUGUAUUGGAGCUCAGGCUGGAGGAAGCUCAUGGGAAGCCCAGCUCUGAAGGAAAGGACUCUGAGGAGCCAGAGAUGGAGAGUCUCUGCCCACAGCUUGACUCACUGGCUGUGAACACUGAGAAGAAUGAAGCUGCCUCUCCAGUGUCCUCUAUAGGGACCACUUAUUCUCAAGAGCUUUUGGACAUGUAUACUCUAAAUCUGCAUCGCAUAGAUAAAGAUGUUCAGCGCUGUGACCGAAAUUACUGGUAUUUCACACCUGCUAACUUGGAGAAACUGCGCAACAUCAUGUGCAGUUACAUCUGGCAGCACCUUGAAAUCGGAUAUGUCCAGGGCAUGUGUGACCUGCUCGCUCCCUUGCUAGUUAUUCUAGAUGAUGAGGCCAUGGCUUUCAGUUGUUUCACUGAACUAAUGAAAAGGAUGAAUCAAAAUUUUCCUCAUGGAGGUGCGAUGGACACCCACUUUGCCAACAUGAGAUCUCUUAUCCAGAUUUUAGACGCAGAGCUGUUUGAGCUAAUGCAUCAGAAUGGAGAUUACACCCAUUUCUACUUCUGCUAUCGCUGGUUUCUUCUUGACUUUAAAAGAGAGUUGGUGUAUGAUGAUGUGUUUGCUGUUUGGGAGGUCAUCUGGGCUGCUAAGUGUGUCUCCUCCAGCCAUUUUGUGCUCUUCAUUGCUCUUGCAUUGGUGGAAAUCUACAGAGACAUCAUCCUAGAGAACAAUAUGGACUUCACAGACAUCAUCAAGUUUUUCAAUGAAAUGGCUGAGCAUCACAAUAUCAAACAGAUUCUGACUCAGGCUCGAGACCUGGUGUGCAAAGUGCAGACACUUAUAGAGAACAAGUAAUUCUGAAACCUCUCACCUCUCUUGUUACUCGUGUUCACAGUGUAUCCCAUCAGCCCUUGCUACUAAACAACAGGGAAUAUUUGGCCAAAGCUUAAUGAGCUUCAAGUGUAUAGGUAGCAUAACAUUUCCGAUGCCAAACAUCUUGAUCUACCUGAAAUCAGUCAGUGUGCAAUUUUUUUUAAUGGAGUCAUCUGGCUCUUUAAUCAGGUUUUACUAAACAUCAUAGUACAUCAAAUUUCAUAAGUAGAUGCUGCUAAUGAUUCACUGUAUGACAUGGAAUUUUGUCCUAUGUCUAUAAUACAGACAGGAUUACAAAGCACUGGUGACUUGUAAGCUCUAUUCCACAACCUAGUGUGCUGCCUUGCUGUCUACUGCCUACAUAAACUGAAAUUGAAUCUUAUAAAUGACUGAUUUGUUUACAACUUGAUUUCAGUAGAAUUUGGUGUUGUAUGUUGCUAAACUAACACAUAGCACACAUGAAUUCUGGGUAAAAUAGUCCAUUUUAAUCAAUUUUAAACUUUUUAUUGAUACUUUUGAGUGAAAAUAAGCAUUUAUAAAUAUUAUUCUUGCAUUGUCCACCAUGUUUAGUUUUUUACUGUAUCAUGUUGCAAUGCAUUCUGGGAUUGCCUUCUCCAUGCAUGCGAUGCUGCCUUAGAAUUUGACCAAAAGAACGUAUCUUAGAAGGCAGCAUAAUGUUGCAGAGAUGUGCCUAUGAUGCCUUAAAGUGCUGCCUAUGUAGGCAGCUCACUAGGUUUUGAAACAGAGCAACAAAAGUUCAGGUCAGGUGCAUUUUACUUCUAAGAGGCGCUCACACUAGAUGUCGCGAUCCAUUCACCUUCAUUUUUGUGUAUACGAAAGUGACAGAGCGGAUGCACACAAACUAUCAUUCAGAAGUUUGGGUUCUCUCUGAUUUUUUUUUUUUUUUUUUUACGUUUUUGAAAGAAGACUCUUAUGCUCACCAAAGCUGCAUUUAUUUGAUCAAAAAUACAGUAAAAACUGUAAUAUUGUGAAAUGUUAUUACAAUUUAAAAUAAUUGUUUUCUAUUUGAAUAUAUUGUAAAAUGUAAUUUAAUCCUGUGAUGGCAAAGCUAAAUUUUCAGCAUCAUUACCUCAGUCUUUAUUGUCAUAUGAUCCUUCAGAAAUCAUUCUAAUAUGCUGAUUUUGCUUAAUAUUUUGUGUAAAACGUGUUUUUUUUUUGUUUUUUUUUUUUCAGGAUUUUUUGAGUAGAACGUUCAAAAUAACAGCAUUUAUUUGAAAUAGAAGUCUUUUGUAACGUUAUAAAUGUCUUUACUGUCACGUUUGAUCAAUUUAAUGUAUCCUUGCUGAAUAAAAGUAUUUAUUUCUUUUAAAAACAUCUCACCUGCCACAAAAUUUCAAUGGUAGUGUACAUUCAUAAAAAAUUCCAUCUUGCGCUGAAAUUAAAUAGAUAAGCUGCUUUGUUUUGUAAUGCCGUGGAAAACUGUAAUAGAUAUUUAUAGAGUAGAUAGUAUUUUUAAAUUUUAUUUAUUAUUUAUUAAAAACAGAAGCCCUAGAGCAUUAUAUAUUCAGAUAUUUGUUGUGGCAUCUGAAAUAUUUCUGGUAUUUUUACAUGCUUAAAAUUCAGUGUGACCGCCCUCUUAAAGGGAUAGUUCACCCAAAAAUGGUUUACUCACUCUCAUGUUGUUCCAAACCUGUAUGAGUUUCUUUCUUCUGUUGAACACAAAAGGAGAUAUUUCGAAGAACGCUGGUAACCAGACAGCUGAUGGCACCCAUUGACUUCUAUAGUAUUUUUUUUUUUUUUUUCCCCUACUAUGGAAGUCAAUGGCUGAUGGCACCAGCUGUCUGAUUACCAACAUUCUUCAAAAUAUCAUCUUUUGUGGGUGAAUAAAUGAUGACAACGUUUUCAUUUUUGGUUGAACUAUCCCUUUAAUGCUCCUGUAGACCUGCACACUUAAUUAGUAUUCUGUAUUCUGAUGUGCCACUUUUAAUAGGCUAUCCAGAUUUUCCUGUGUACAACUGUAGCAGUAGGGGGCGCUGUGCUGUCAGUCAGCAGACCUUUCGCAUGUGUUUCUGUAACCUGCCUAUUUCCAAGUCAGUGUCUUUACUGUGAGUUGUUUCACUAAUCAGAUCAGGUUAUUGUAUCACAAAGUAUAUUGUUGGACAAUACCAAGGAAUGCCUCUAGGUAUUAGAUUUAGAACAGAAAAAAACAUGUCCGUUAAUAGUUACUGUGUAUUCCUUCUCUUUGUGUUAUGGAACUGAUUAAUGAUUUGUGUUUUUCAUCUGGUUUAGGUAAUGUUUGAGUCAGUACUGUGUUUCAGUGCGUUGGUGUCAGUCACCUUAUGAAAAUAUGACAAUAGGAUUUAUUUUUCAGAUUUGAUGUUUGUGCCAUGAAAGCCCAUUUCCGCCACCUAAGAAAAAAAAAUCAUGCUUAAAUUGACUUUAUACUCAAUUAUUGACUUUUCAUCUCAUAAAUAUGACUGUCAUAAUUUUGACUUCUUAUGUCAUAAUUAGGAUUUACAAAGCUUGAUUUUUUUUUUUUUUUUUUUUUUUUUUUUUUUUUUUUUUUCUUAUGUGGCAGAAAUGGGCUUCCAUAGUGUGUGUGCGUGCGUGCGUGCGUGUGUGUACCAGGACAACUCACAAUCACUACCGCAAGGCCUUGUCUGCUUGAUGUAUUCUUGCUGUUUGUGGACUGUACAGACAAAUACAUGCUAUAUUUAUUAUAUAGAGAGAAUCUAUAUUAUUAACUUUGGUGUCACUGGCUACAUGGUUUUCAGAAUGGACACUAAUUUCCACACGAAGAAAUUAAUAUCAUCAGUGCUCUUAUUUAUUUUUUUUCCUUUAUGGAAUUGAUUGUUGUAUAAAAUGUACAUUGUUGCUUCAUCCUCCAAACACACACUGUGUUAUAGCUCUUAUACCUUAUAAAAUCUUGUAAUCACAAUGAAGUAUUGAUCCUGUGAUCAAACCAGGACAGCUACGGGUCUGAAAGCUGUGGUAAAUCAGGUAUAUCCACAAUGAGGUGCAAUCAGAAUGUGUAUCAAAUCACAAGUAUAUUUUUUCCACAUAUCUGAUCUGUAACGUAAAGUUAAAAAUAACUAUUUAGGCAAAGAAAUUAAAAAUCAAAAGUGUAUUCCAGACAACUAUGAAUUAGCAUCUACUCUACUUAAUUUUCAUUCGAUAUGAGCAGGUGUUAAUCAUUGUCCUGCAUUGCAUCUUGUUGAUUCCUUCAUGUGCAAAAUAUAUUCUAAAAGGAGUAAAAAAUAUAUAAUUUGAUGUUAUACAUUUAUUUAAAUCUGAAUGUAUGCAUUUUUUUUUUUUUAUGUGAAUGUUCCUGCUACACUGUGGUCAAUUACUACAAAAAGUGUUACAUUCUAAAUAUAUAUUAAAUGGUAAAUGUACUUGUUUAAAAAACAAAAUAAAAUGGAAUUGUUCUUAUUUUUCCAACAAAUCUAAUCAUCAUAUUUCUGCUUCUGUAGGCAAUGAGUGUGUGUGUGUUUUAUGUUGUUAAAAUUUAUAUUUAUUUAUUGUUUUUUAUAAUUUAUAAUUUAUUGUUAUUAGAAUUUAUUUUAUUUUAAUAUAUAAAAAUAUAUGUGUUACAAUC